AACGGCUCUUCUCUACGCGCUGCUUCAUACAACGAACAGUGCAGUCGACAGUCCUUCGACAGUCCGUCAUGGCGCACGCAUGCCCCAGGCGGCUGCAGCUCGAGCCACGUCAGAACCAGCAAUUUCGUCAAUUUAUGCGCGUGUGUCGUACGAGUCUUGUAGCCAUCAAGGGUUAUGGCCAUCCAAUGUUGACCGAAUCGCUGAGCCUGUUCCAUGAUCGGCCGGCCUUGCUCGAUGCCCUCUUCGCAAUUGCAUCCCAGGUCGACGAUUACCGCUCUACCGGCGACGCAGUUGCGCUUCUGGAACCUUAUCAUAGAGUACUACGCGACAUGCAGUCUCUCUUGGGAGACCAUCGUCAGAACCCUAGAGACUUUAGGGAAGUACGAUUGGCGUGUGCCCUAAGUGCUCUUGUCCUUCUCCUCCUGUCUAUGUCUAGCACUAAUAGCGAUUGGGAGUAUCAUGCAUCGCAUCUUGUUCAUCUGAUCAAUAGUUCCAACGUUGAUGUUUUGAAAGAGACUCCUCUUGGCUUGGCCUUGAUUAUGCUGGCCGCACAUAUGGACAUUGCUGCAUUUGCCAUAGGACGUACGGUCGUGCCCACUUGCGCGUGGUCGCGAUGGCAUUUAGACGAGCAGCAUGAUGCAUUCGCGGUGCCUUUUCAGAUUCACGAGAUCAAUACGGGCGUCCCCGCGAGCUUGCUCUCUAUCAUCUCAAAACUAGACCAAUGCGCAAGCUUGUCCGAGUCCUGCCGUGGAACACUUGGUCAUUCGAGUGCUGUGCUUACCACAGAGCGCGAAAGGUUAUGGAUGCUGCUCGAGGCCUGGCAGCCACAAUCGCUUCCUGAAAGUAUGCUGAGCCAUCAGCGAUCCGCUCUACGCAUCGCUCGACGAACCCUUCACCGUGCAGCCAUGCUGUUUCAUGCUCGCGUCUACGGUUUCCACGCGAAUCUCCUUGAUCCCCUUGACCAUCUUUCGGAGACGACAGGUGCGUCAUUGGUGGAAGAAAUCGUCACCGGUAUCCGUCAUCUCCUUCAUGACUUCAAAGACAACGCCAACCCAAUUGGAAAUGCCAUGGCCUGGCCGCUAGCCGUUGCAGGCAGCGAGUGUGGUAGUGAGUCGAACAAAUUUCUACAACAUGAGGUUGUUAGCUUAAUCCAUGACAUGGCGGAUUCAUUCUAUAUGUUGCACUUGACACCGCUGGAGCAGCUCUUGCGAAAUUUGUGGGAAAAGCACACACUGAUGCUUAGCACGGGUCUUACUGGACGCCUCAGUUUAGAAUCCAUAGCUACAGAAACCAAUACGAUAAUUUUAUGCUUGUAA